UCUCUUCGUAGAUGAAAUAAUUAAAUUAUCAAGAAUACUAUCGAGCUACCACUUGACACAUAGCAUUCGUAACAAUUAUGAAGAAUUCAAUCCAAAGAUUUAUGACAAUUUAGAACAUCGGAAUUUGUACGUAUUAGAUUUGGACUGCGAUUAUGCCGCUGACGUUUUACGACAGGCGCAUUCGAAAAGAAUGUUCGUCGCUCCGACAAAGUGGCUGCUUCUUCAGGAUCGAAGAACGGUAAUCGAUAACGAUAACAAUCUAACUUCAACGUACAACGACACAAUAUUGGAAGUGUUCGAAGACUUGGCAGUCUAUCCUGACAGCGACGUGGUUAUCGCUCGAAGAUUCGACGGUGACUUUUUCGAACUUCUGUCCGUAUAUCGACCAAGUCCUCAACGAGGAGUAGUACGGGAGAACCGUGGAAAUUGGACAAUUGAUAAUGGUCUACAAAUGAGAACUUUUGAGGUGGCUUCGGCACGGAGAAGAAAUCUUCAACAAACAGUCCUUAAAUCCUGUCUCGUGAUGACGGAUCCCGACACGAUCAACCAUCUGACCGAUUUCAAGGAUAAAACCGUAGAUCCAGUCACAAAAGUUAAUUAUCCGUGGAUACUUCAUUUAACAAACCGGAUGAACGCAACGAUAACUUUCGACGUUACUAACAGCUGGGGAUAUCGCAUGGAGAACGGCUCCUGGAAUGGGAUGAUCGGGAUGUUGGAGCGACGCGAGAUCGAUAUCGGUGGUACUGCCACGUUUCUCGUGCCAGAACGUCUCGGUGUCGUGCAAUACGUCCAACUGUACACACAGACUUGUUCACGAUUCAUAUUUCGGCGACCCUUACUGUCAACCGUCAGUAAUAUAUUCGUCCUGCCGUUUCAACGAAACGUUUGGAUAGCCACUGCUGUGUUUCUCAUUGUGGUACUUUGUUUACUCUUUUUGUCCGUGAAAUGGGAAUAUCAUGCAGAUAAGAAGACAAUAAAAUCAGCAACUUAUUGGAAUCAAUUAAAUCCUAACAAGCCGACGAUCAGCGAUAAUAUUCUCAUUCUUUUAGGCGCAUUUACUCAACAAGGAUAUUCGUAUGAACCGUACAAAAUCUCGACUCGAAUUGUCACUCUCAUGUUACUCUUGGCCUCUUUGAGUCUGUAUGCAGCUUAUACAGCGAAUAUCGUAGGCCUGCUGCAGUCUACUACGGAUUCCAUCAAAACUGUUCCAAAUCUUUUAAAUAGUCCUUUAAAACUGGCUGCACAGGACGUCGUAUAUAAUCGAUAUUAUUUCAAGAGUUUUCAAGAUCCAAUUAGAAAGACAAUCGUAGAGACACGAAUCGAGCCGAAAGGACGCAAGCCAAACUGGAUAUCAAUGGAAGAAGGCGUACGUCGCAUAAAAAAUGAACUAUUCGCAUUUCAUGGCGAAGUCGGCGCGGUCUACCAAUUAAUGCAAGACACAUAUCAGGAGGAUGAGAAAUGCGGUCUAACUGAAAUCGAUUUUCUAAACGUCCUGUUUCCACUUCUCGCGAUACAAGUGCAAUCGCCUUAUUUGGAGAUAAUAAAAAAUGGAGCUCUAAAAUUACGAGAGUACGGAUUGAAAUAUCACGAGGAAUAUCACUUGUACACGAGAAAACCGGUGUGUUCGAGUCAAACUAGCUUUAUCACCAUCGGUUUCACAGAAUGCUAUUUCGCGCUGUCCACAAUGGGCUACGGAGUGCUCUUCGCCCUAUUUGUGUUUGUGCUCGAGUUACUGUGGCAUAAAAGACAAAGCAUACGUGCAAAGAAAGAAACGUCAGAUGACUAUAUAGACGCGGAUAACUACAUAGAGUAUCUCGAAUAGUUGUCAAAAUGUAUACUCAUAAAAGAAAUCAGAAUCAUACAACUUCUUAAAUGUUCUGAUACAUCUUACACGAAAUUGAGGAAUAAACUUCAUAAAGAAUGUUUCUGUAUUUAUGCAAUAAAAAUAAAUUGUA